ACAAGAAUAAUACAAGAUGGAAGCGCACUUUAUAAUUUAAACAUACAUUGGAAUAUAUACAUGUGGUAUACGCAUAUUUUCAAAUAAAAAUUUAAUAAGGAGUUUUUUUUCUAUUCUCAAGAUGGUUCGUAAAAAAAUAGAUAAUCGCAUUCGUGUUUUAAUUGAAAAUGGUGUUAUUACGGGACAUAGAACAAUGUUUAUUGUUAUUGGUAAUAAAGCACGAGAUCAGGUUGUCCUGUUACAUCAUAUGUUAUCAAAGUCCGUUGUAAGAGCGAGACCUUCUGUUCUUUGGUGCUAUAAGAAAGACUUAGGUUUUAGUAGUCAUAGAAAAAAACGAAUGAAAUCUGUGCAGAAAAAGAUCAAAUCAGGAAAAUUGGAUGUGAAUGAAGAUGAUCCAUUUGAAUUAUUUGUAGUUUCUACUAAUAUAAGAUAUUGUUAUUAUCAUGAAACACAUAAAAUAUUGGGAAAUACAUAUGGCAUGUGUGUUUUACAAGAUUUUGAAGCAAUUACGCCUAAUUUAUUGGCAAGAACUAUUGAAACCAUUGAAGGAGGAGGAGUCAUUGUAUUUCUUUUACAAUCAGUAAACUCUCUAAAACAAUUAUACACCAUGAAUAUGGAUGUUCAUCAAAGAUUUCGUACAGAAGCACAUCAAGAUGUUGUUGGUCGAUUUAAUGAGAGAUUUUUAUUAUCUCUAGCUUCAUGCAAUAGAUGCUUAGUUGUUGAUGAUCAUUUAAAUGUAUUGCCAUUAUCAUCACACAACUUAAAGAUUGAACCUGCGCAAAAGCUAACUUCUUCUGAAAAAUUAUCAGAAUUAAAUGUAUUGAAAGAAAGUUUAAAAGAUACACAACCAGUUUCGUCUCUUGUUAAUUGUAGCAAAACUAUUGAUCAGGCAAAAGCACUUCUCAAAUUUAUUGAAUGCAUAUCAGAAAAAACAUUAAGGUCCACUGUUUCCUUAACUGCAGCUAGAGGUCGAGGAAAAUCUGCGGCAUUAGGUUUAGCUGUUGCUGCUGCCAUAGCAUUUGGUUAUUCAAAUAUUUAUAUUUCAAGUCCAAGUCCAGAAAAUUUGAAUACAUUAUUUGAAUUUGUUUUUAAAGGAUUUGACGCAUUAGGAUAUCAAGAACAUCUUGAUUAUGGUCUAGUACAAUCUACAAACCCUGAAUUUAAUAAAGCUACUGUACGAGUAAAUAUUUUUCGAGAUCACAGACAAACAAUUCAGUAUAUUCAUCCCACUGAUGCUCACAAAUUAAGUCAAGCUGAAUUACUUGUAAUUGAUGAAGCUGCAGCAAUUCCUCUCCCUUAUGUGAAAGCUAUGCUUGGUCCUUAUUUAAUAUUUCUUGCAUCGACAAUUAAUGGAUAUGAAGGAACAGGUAGAUCUUUAUCAUUAAAACUAUUACAACAACUAAGAAGUCAAACUACAAGCUCAAAUAGUCAUGAGAAACAACAAAAUGAAAAGAUUAUUAUUGGAAGACAAUUACAUGAAUUGACUUUAGAGGAAUCUAUUCGUUAUAAACCAGGAGAUCCUGUUGAACAAUGGUUGUGCGAUUUGUUAUGUUUAAAUGCUACAACAAAUACACCUAUAUUAUCUGGAUGUCCACCUCCUGAUAUGUGCCAAUUAUAUUACAUAAAUAGAAUAGUCCAAAUGAUUUACAAAUGAUGUCUGAUGCACCAGCGCAUCAUUUGUUUUGUCUUUUGGGUCCAAUAGAUUCAAACAAAAAAACGUUGCCUGAAGUAUUAGUAGUUAUUCAGAUCUGCUUAGAAGGUGAAGUAAGUAAAAAUACUAUAAACGACGGACUAGUUCGAGGACGUAGAGCAGCUGGUGAUCUUGUACCAUGGACUAUUGCACAACAAUAUCAAGAUCAAGAUUUUCCGGCGUUAGCUGGAGCACGCAUUGUCCGCAUCGCAACACAUCCCGAAUAUCAGGGAAUGGGAUAUGGUACUAAAGCAUUAGAAUUAUUAAAACAGUAUUACGAAAUGAAAAUACUGAAUAUUAACGAAGCAUCAUCAGAAAUAUGCACAACAGAAAUAUCAAAAGUUCAAAAUGAAGAAAUAAAUUUGUUAGAAGAAAGAAUAGAACCUCGUCCCUCUCUUCCACCACUUCUCUUAAAACUAAGCGAAAGGCGACCAGAAAGUUUAGAUUAUAUUGGUGUAUCUUUUGGCGUUACUGAACCACUUUUAAAAUUUUGGAAACGAGCUGGUUUUGUGCCAGUAUAUUUAAGGCAAACAACAAAUGAUAUUACAGGUGAAAACUCGUGCAUUAUGUUAUAUAAAAUAAAUUCUGAACAAGAUGUUACAUGGCUACAAGCAUACUGGAAUGAUUUUCGUAAACGAUUUAUAAAUCUAUUAUCUUUUUCAUUUAACACAUAUUCAUCUUCAUUGGCUUUAAGUAUAUUAAUUAACAAAACGGUUACAUUGGAAGUUACAACAUUGACAAAAGAUAUAUUGGAUAUUUAUUUUACAUCUUACGACCUAAAACGUUUAGCAAUGUAUAGUAAUAAUAUGGCAGAUUAUCAUUUAAUAAUGGAUUUAUUACCAUCUUUGGCACGUCUAUAUUUUUUAAAUAUGAUGGGUGAUACUAAUUUAUCAGCAGUUCAAUCGGCAAUUUUAUUAGGAUUAGGUUUGCAACAUAAAACUGUUGAUAAAUUAGCAGAAGAAUUAGAUUUACCACCAACACAAUUACUUGGUUUGUUCAAUCGUACUAUGCGUAAAUUUGUACAGUGCCUUAACAAAAUAACAGAGAAUUUUAUUGAAACAACCAUGAUGAAAAUGGAAACUAAUAAUGAAAAAGUGCAGUUAAAUCCCAUUAAUGGACAAAGUUUGCAUGACGAGUUAGAAUCUGCAGCUAAGGAAUUAAAAGCAAAACAAAAAGCUGAAUUGGAAAAAUUGAAAAGAGAAAACUUAGAACAAUAUGCAAUCAAAGGAACAGAAGCUGAUUGGAAUAAUGCACUUUCUGGGAAAAAAAGUAAGAAUCUUAUAUCUGUAAAAAGUGGAGAGAAAAGAGAAGGACAAGAUGAUAAUGUUUUGGAAAUUCCAAAGAAACAAUUUAAGAAAAAAAGAAGACAUUAGUCAAUGUAAACAUAAUUUAUAAAAUUUAAUAAACAGAUAAUUAGAUAGAAGAUAAUUAGAAAUAUGUUGUAUUAAUUUACUUUUAUCCUAUUUCACUAAACAAUCCAUUUUAGUUAAAAAAAGUAAUUAAAAAAUAUCUAUAUUAUGCAUAUAAUUACAAAACUCUAAUCAAAAAAAUUAUUAUCUACUAUAUAUUUUACACAUUGACAAAUUAAAUUUCUUUCGUGUUGAAUAGAUUUUGAAAGUAAUUUUUGUAAUAAUUGCGAUGUGUAUGAUUGUUUUCUCUUAAUUGUUAUUUUUUGUACUUUAUUCUUUGAAUUUUGAUUUAAUUUAGGCCGUUUAGAUUUAGAUGUUAUAGGAUUUGUAUUCAUUAACUGUAAAUUAUUCUGCACAACUAUUUCUUUCACUACAAAAUUAUAUAUGAAACAUACAUUAAAUAAUAACUUUUCUAUUAUAAAUAAUAUAAAUGUACUUACUUUCCUCGGAAGUAUUUCCAUAAUCUGCCACUAAAUUGGGUAUAUUACAAGUAACAAUAGUAGACUUUGGUAAUGUAUCUGUUUCUUCUUCAUCAGAAAUGCAAUUAAUAUUUUCCUCACAAUCAUUUUCAAUUUUACCUUUAAGUUGAUUUUCCACUUGCAAAUCUUCAUUUCUUAAGCUUAAUGUCCCAGAAAAUUUAUAUAAACCUCUAUAUUUCUCACUUUGUUCUAUAAAGUUAUUAGAUAUUUUAACAGUUUCUUUUUUUGUUGUCCUUUUGCGAUUAUUAAAACGUAUGAAUUUUUUUUUUCUCCGUUUAGUUGUCUCUUGCUUAAUUAUUUCUCCUCUUUGGAUCUUUUCCAUUUCUUCCGCUUUUCGCAAUUCAAUAUUACUUUUUGUAGGAUAUUUUCUACAAUGUAGCUCCAUUAUCCACUUUUCAAUCUCUUCUGGAGUUGAUACAUUUUUUAUUUUAUGGUACAAACCAGUACUAUGUUGCAUAGUAAUGUGCUUUUCAACUAGUAGUGGAUGAGCAGAGAAGGUACAUCCAUCAAUACCACAAAGUUUGUGUUCCCUUUUAUGUUCAGAAAGAGCAUCCUCGGAUGAAAAAUCUUUAUCACACAUUUCACAAUAAAAUGAUUCAUUAUCUUCUGAACUGGUAUAAUUUUCAUCUCUUUGAUCAUAUGGUUCUUCAUUACUUGGAUGAAAAAAAUACCUGUUCUGGAUGUUUUGCAAGAUAAUCAUUUUUAGCAUCUCUGAUCAUCCUUGUUACUUUAUUUCUUAAAUCCUUAAAUUCUUCCCAUUCUUUUGCAUCUUUAUUCUUUUUUGCUUUAGCAUACAGCUUAUUUUUCUUUUGUAUUUCACUUCGAAUUUCAUCAGUCAUCCAUGGCUUCUUUAGUUCUAAUUCUUCAAGUUUGCUGACUUUUUUCACAUUAUUCAGUGCUUUGCCUUUUGCAUUGCCAUUGCCAAUAGAAAAUCUUGGUCUCAUAUGAGAUAAUAUUUGAGGAGGUAAUGCUCUCCUGUGCCAAGGCCUCAUUAAUGGUCCUCUAGGUCCCACACCUCUUAAGCCCAUCGGCGGAACCAUAGGAGCCAUUCCUCUGACUCUUGGACCAAAUAGUGGCAUAGGUCCACUAGGUCGACUUACUCCUGGUCGUGGUGGUGGUGGUAAUCUUUGUCUUAUUGGUCCAAAAACAGGAUUCAUCGGAGGUGGUGGCAUUCUUGGUGGUAAACCAGGAGGUGGAAGUCUACCACCGAAUCUAGGAGGCGGUGGCGGUAUAAUAGCGGGUGUACGUAUAACUCUUGGCCCUAGCAGAGGUCCUCGAUUUAAUGGACUCAUUGUAAUUGUCUUCAAUUUGGAUCCUUUUCAACUACUUUUAUUAUUUUACGUAGCUGAUAAUUAAUAUAUUAUAACGUCGAAUGCGAAACGUUAUUUACGAGGUUAAGACUAACUUCACACACUGUUUAUACGCAAAAUAUGUAAUUAUAUUGUGGCGACACCACAGACAGAAACCUUUUGGUGACGGCCGCGGAAUGGCGCGGCACUCGAAAUAAAGACGUAACGUUAGAAAGAUGAAUAUAGGCAACCAGAAAGAAGAAAUGCCGAACGAACAACGUACAAGAUAUAAAUAUUUUAUUGUACUGUUAAAUCGUAUGAAUUUUAACAAAAUAUAUUUUCCAUUAAACAAAUACGAAUCUCUCCCUUAUCUUUACCGCGAGUACGACAACGAUUGAAAAACUUCCUUGUCGAUCAAUUUCGAUUUCAUAUAGUCGCGCGUGCCGAUGACUAUAAAUAGGUAUGGACAAUCCUAUGCCUGCUACCAGAAAUUCAUAAGCGGUUUCUCGCUAACAAUCGUUCUGCCACCAGUUACGUUAAAUAAUAUACGAUCUGGUCUUUUCUAUUCUAGUAUCUAACGUAGGGGCCUGCUAGGAAGCCUUGUUGACGAGUCUACUAGCUGGCCCCGAAACGAAACACGUUCCUUUACUUUUCAAUAGUUAUCGUCUUUCCUUCCUUACCGACCAAGCUCGUAAAUAUGUGUAUAAACCUCCACAAUAUGUUUUUAAUACUACCAAAUUCAACUUCGAUCGUAAAACCAAUCACAGUAUUACUUGCAAUUACAAAUAUCAUAUGAAUGCUACACUUCUACGCAAAUAAACCUUUUAUACUGCAAAUAACAAUCACUUUGCUCGCAGCAGUCACGAAUAAGAAAC